GACGACACACAACACGUCGCGUUUGCGUCAUCAUACCGUGAACAGCGCUCAAACGGGGAGGACUUGGGAUGAUAGAGUGUAAAGUGCUACAUUAGAAACUUAUAUUUAUUUCAAAUGUUUCUAAUAUUGAAAUUAUAAGUACAAACGUUAUAGGAUAGGUUUUUCUUCACGGUCGCCGCCAUCAUGGCGUCGGACGAACAGUUCUCGCUAUGUUGGAACAAUUUCCAUGCGAAUAUGUCAGCAGGCUUUCAUGGCCUGCUGUCGCGUGGAGAUUUAGUAGAUGUAACAUUGGCUGCCGAAGGUAGAUUACUACAGGCACACAAAUUAGUUUUAUCAGUAUGUUCUCCCUAUUUUCAAGAAAUGUUCAAAAUGAACCCCACUCAACAUCCCAUAGUAUUUUUAAAAGAUGUUAGUCAUUCAGCGCUUAGAGACUUAUUACAGUUUAUGUACCAAGGUGAAGUUAAUGUUAAGCAAGAGGAAUUAGCGUCGUUUAUUAGUACCGCGGAACAACUUCAAGUUAAAGGUUUAACCGGUAAUCAAAAUGAAGAAAGUUCUACGCCAUCCAAACCAAAGCCGACUUCGAGGCCAGGCCCGAGGUCGUCACAACAAAGGCAAUCUGUUAUGACUAAGUUAGAGACUGAUUUAGAUUCUAAGCCCUCCUCAACUCCAGUAGCAAUUAAGAGACCAAAUAGGCCAUCAAUAGCAUCAAAUAAUUCGUCGUCAUCUCAAAGUGGACCUGCGAAAAGAAAAUGUGUAGACCCCUUAGAAGCCGGCCCAUCAGGAUCAGCCAAAGAGGAAUUUGUCACGAUACCAGACGAGGAUGAAAAUAAUGCUGUUGCCCCCAAAAUGGAACCCGAAUUUGUUAAUGAAAGUUUAUGGGAUGAAGACGACGACGGCACGAAUAAUGAUGAAACGAACUUUGGCGAAGAUGACUCGAAUAUGGAAAUGACUGGUUUUGAUGGCUCAACGACUGGCGAUGGCAAUUUAACUGGCGGAGGGGAGGGUGGUGCUGUGGGUGACGCACAAGUUGCAGGCACAGGUUUACCAGCAGAUGCGCCGCCUACUCUGGGCUUGCCAUUCCCUUUCCCCUGCUUCCCUGGACAGUUCCGGUACUGCCUCAGCAAGCGAGGGAAACCAGCUAUUGAAGUGGGCGCUCACCGGUUCUGCUUUAACGGUCGAGCUGCGAGUGGGAAAGUUUGGUGGCGUUGUUCCAGGAACCCGCGCUGUCGCGCUGCCGUACACACCUUCGGAUUGAGGGUCGUCCAAAUGAACAGCGCUCACACUUGCGGUGUUCGUGCUACUCCUCUCCGACCCAUGUUUUAAAGCGCUCUCUAUCUCAAAAACCCCGAGUCUCAUUUGAUUAUACGUUCAAAAUUAUAGCGACCGUCGGCAGUGAAAUUGUGUUGGCACAGUCAGAGAUCUCAAUGGAGCUAUUUUUUCGGUGUCGUCUGUCGGAUGUAGAAUGUCGUUAUAUCAGUUGGCUCGAAAAAAAUUAUUCGAAUGGAAUGUUACAAAUAAUGUUUGUGCCUUUGUGCCGACGGUUAUCAAACUCUUUUUGUUCGUUGAGCUCAUGCAAGCGUUAGUUUGCAGCUAUCUAUUGAAUCUCCAAAGAGAUUACAGACAUGAACAAUCUCUGGUUGAUGGACAUGGUCUGUGUAAAGUAUACGAAUCUAGUGAUAUUACAUAUUAACAUAGAUCCGAGUCUUCGUAAAUAGUUUCCGAGUCGAUCACUGUUAUCUUGAACGGUACUAUUGUUUGUAAUUGAUCUUUAUUGUAUCGGUAAGUGCUGAACAAUCAGCGCUCGGACUCUAUAUAGUCUAUAUAGGACAGUGAACACGAAACAUUGUUUGCAAAAUAUUUUUUAAGGCUGUACUAAGGCAACGUUUAUAAAAACGUCCUAUCUCAAAUGUAGUAUUUACCUAAGAGUAUUUGGAUUGCAUAAUAAGAAAUAAUUAUAUCAGCGACAGAAUAUUGAAGGCCAGUAUUUUUUUACAGUCUUUAUCACAAUACAUUUAUACAGAGAAUAUUUUUUAGUGAGAGCGUUAAGCUAGAAGAUGUUUCUUGCCUGCGUCAGUCUAGAUCUUCCGUGCGACCCUCCUAGAUGUAGUUCGUUGUACAAAGUGAUAGUUCUCUUAUGACGUAAGUAUUUUUAUAUAUUACUUUUACAUAUUUUUUUACAAUUUUAUUCGCGUAAUGUAAAUACAGAUAGAUUGUUGGAAAGUAUCCCGUUCGGUUUUGGUUAGCGGACAGUAUUUUGUUUGGUGUGUUGUCGGAUGGAGUAUUUGUGUCGGAAGGUUGUUGAUAUCGAGUCAUGACGUGUAUACGAUGUUAGUAAGCUAAUGUAACGACUUGUUAAGUUAGGAAGCUGCAUUUAUUGAAAUUACUUAAUUAUAAUACUCAAUGUAUACGUUUAAGAUUAAGCUUUUUGUUUUUUUUUUUUUCAAGUGAGAUUUUUUAUUAUUAUUAUUAUUUUUUUUUUUUUUACCUUUAUUAAGAUUUUUUUUUAUAUAUUAUUGCUUUUAGUUAGUACUUAAAUACCAUAUUUUUAUGAAAUAUUCGACGUUAUAGCCUUGGCUGUACUUACACAAAGAUUUAUUUUUGGAUACAAUAGAUUUUAUACCGCACAAUGUUAACCAUGUAACAGAUAUACGAAGAUGUAUUAGUUCAACCAUUACGUAUACGACCUAUGUUUAAGUUAACCUUUGGAGUAUUAUUCUUGAAGUAUUAUUUUGUAUGUGAUAAGAUGUUUUAUAUUAUUUUAGUGGAAAGUGUUUAUGGAUAAUGUUAGCCGGCGAGUGUCGCCAGCGCAGAGUGUAGUGAAUACUGGUAGUGGGAAAUGUUCUCUCUGUGUAUACGUACGUACAAAGAAACGAUAUUAUAUUGAACUGCUGUCAUUAAA